CGUCAGUCGGGAGCCGGGUUCGGUUAGCUGUCAUCUGCGUAGAAGGGAAGGGCAUGACAUGGACCGAAAUUUUCCGGUGUACAGUUAUCCAUGCGUAGUAGCUUGUUAAAAGCAAACAAGUAUUUUUGGGGGUGUUAUUUCUUCAUGUGACAAAGUUAGCGGUUUAUUUCGUAUUGACUACGCACUGGCUAGCUAGCAGGCUAACUAGCUCUUAAUUUACUGUAACUGUUUAAAGGAGUUCAAACAGAAAGCCUCCGCAUGGCGUUAAUCCUGUUGACGAGGUCCCGGGCACCUUUAAUGAAAACAUCCAGGUCGUUGAAGAACGAAUUCAGGAAAAGUAAAGGGAAAGUACAAGAUGGUGCCUGUUUCAACUGCACAGCGCUCAGACUCUCCAGUCAAAAACUUGAUGGGCUCCGGCUGGGCAGUUUGGCCCAGGCCUCUCCCUCUGGCCCUUCCCUCCUCCUGUCAGAUGGGUACGUGGGCCCCAGCCAGAGCCCGGACUCCCAGCGCCUCCACUGUGCUUUUAUGUUGGGGGCCUCCUCUUCAGCGUACCCCGCCAUCACAACAGGGCCCCAGUGGACGUUAGCCCGACCGCAGGACAUCCGAGGUGUGAGGUGGAUUCACACCUCGAGGAGGAGAUGGGACGACUCCAAGGUGGAGAAGUCCCUGCGUAUAUUAAAGGACAAGAAAAAGACGAUGGAGGAAGGCGGGCCGGUGUACAGCCCCAUGCAGGAUUCAGAGCGCGUGAGGAGGUCCGUCCGACAGUGGAUUGUAGACGAAGUCAAACACUACUACCACGGCUUCAGGCUGCUGUGGAUCGACACCACCAUCGCUGGGCGCAUGCUGUGGCAGGUGCUGAACGGACACCCGCUGUCCCGCCGAGAGAGGAGACAGUUCCUCAGAACAUGUGCCGACGUCUUCAGGCUGGUGCCCUUCCUGGUGUUCAUCAUCGUCCCCUUCAUGGAGUUCCUGCUUCCUGUAGCUCUGAAACUCUUCCCCAACAUGCUGCCGUCCACCUUCGAGACAAAGUCAAAGAAGGAGGAGAGGUUAAAAACGGAGCUGAGGGUCAAACUGGAGAUGGCCAAGUUCUUGCAGGACACCAUCGAGGAGAUCGCUCUGAGAAACAAAGCGGACCAGGGCAACGUGACGGAGGAGUUCUCCACAUUCUUCCAGAAGAUACGGAACUCCGGGGAGCGACCCAGUAAUGAGCAGAUCAUCAAAUUCUCCAAACUGUUCGAGGACGAGCUGACUCUGGACAACCUGACCCGGCCUCAGCUGGUGGCUCUCUGCCGGCUCCUGGAGCUCCAGUCCAUCGGGACCAACAACUUCCUGCGCUUCCAGCUCAUCAUGAAGCUCAGGGCCAUCCGUGCCGAUGACAAGCUGAUAGCAGAAGAAGGGGUGGAGAGUCUGAACGUGAACGAGGUGCAGACAGCCUGUCGCGUCAGAGGGAUGAGAUCUCUGGGAGUCACAGAGGAACGACUGAGAGAGCAACUCGUCCAGUGGUUGGAGCUGCAUCUGAAGCAGCAGAUCCCCACCUCCCUGCUGCUGCUGUCCCGAGCCAUGUUCCUCCCCGACACCCUGUCCCCCGCCGACCAGCUGAAGACCACCCUGCAGACGCUGCCCGAAGUGGUGACUAAGGAGGCCCAGUCGAUGAUGGCAGAGAUGGAGCGCUCCAAAGUGGACAAUAAGGCGAAGUUGGAGACGAGGCUGCUGGAGGAGGCGGCCAUACGCCAGGACAACAAUGACCGCAAGAACGAGAGGCUGGCCGACGCUGCAGAGAAGGCUGCCAGGGAGGUUGAGUUGGAGAUGGAGGCGGAGCCGGUUCAAGCUGACAAGGCGGAGACACUGAGGGACACGGCGCCGGUCAUAGAACCAGUCAAGUACGAACAGUGGCAGACAUUCCUACGCUACCAGGGUGAGGAGAUCACCAAAGAGGAGAUCGACAUGUUGAGUGACGCAUGCUGUAAGCUGAAGGGCCAGAAGAGGCUGCUGACUCUGGAGAAAGAGGAACUCGAAGACCUGAAGGACGACGUCCAGGAAUACAACGAGGAUCUGGAAGAGAUAAAGAAGGAGCUCUCUAAGACCGGACAAGAGAAAGCUCUGGAGGAGUCGAAGGCGAGCCAGCGUCUGUCGAAGAGAGUGAACCGAAUGAUCGGUCGCAUCGGUAAGAUCAUCGGAGAGCUGGAGAAGGACAAGGUGAUCCUGGACGGACAGAUGGAGAGUGGAACAACCCCACCUGUAGGAUUAUUCUUUAUUAGACAUAGGGAUACCCGAAGUGUGUUCUACUCCUUCAGGGAGAACCUCAUCAGCAUCGACGAGCUGAUCAGCGUCAUGCGACAGAUCCAGAACAUUCCUGAGCACAAGCUGCAGAGCAUCGCCGAGUCGCUCGACGACAACAAGGACGGGAAGAUCGACAUCGACGACGUCAUCAAGGUGGUGGAGCUGAUCGACAAGGAGGACAUCGACAUCUCCACCUCUCAGGUGGCGGACAUCAUGGUGAUGCUGCAGAAGGAGGAGAAGCUGAUAGAGAAGGAGAAGGCCAAAGAGAAGGCUGAGAAGGAGGCAGCCACUUUCACUAACUAACUUUUUCCAUAAAGACACAUAGCGAUAUAUAAAUACAAAAAAGACACCACUGACUGGCUCCCGGUCAUAGAAAAGUCUUCACAGCAGAUCGAUGUGGACGACCAUUAAGAGAGGUAACCGUUGCCUUCUCAAAAUGUCCGGAAAAUAACAUAAAAAUCAUAAAAGAAGGCAAAUUGCCUUUAAAAAGGCACAAAAUCUAACUUGAUAAUGUUAAACGUUUCUGUACUAAUCAUGUAAUAUAUGUUGAUUAUAUGUAACUUAUAUAUCAAUGAGUUAUUGAUAGAGGGAACACAAUGGUUAAUAUUCCAGCAUGAGAGAUGGCAAAAGAGGAAGUUGUUUAAAGAUUAUGUUUGGAAAAAUAUAUAUUAGGGAGAAAUAUUGUUUAAAGUUUGAGGUGAACCUUCUUGCCUUUUCCUUUCUGUCAUCUCACAGAUCAUUUCUGGACCCUUCUCAGUCAUCUUCAUUUCCAUCAUUUAUUUAUUUUCCUCUUUUGAUUUUGUUCAUUCAUCAUGCUCUCAUAUUGUAACCUUUUGUUAUUUCUUUCUGAACGGUACUUGCACGGGGUAGCUUUUUGCUUGCUUUAGUUUAGUAUGGUGGCUGCUAACAAAUAUAUAAUCACACAAAGAAAAUCCACCAAAAACAUAAAAUCAUGCGUGAGAUUAAAAUAAUGCUAAUUAUUCAAUCUAAUAAUAAUAAUAAAAAAUCCUAGCUUUACGUUAAUCAUUCCCAGUCAAUCAUAAGUAAAUGGAGGAUUCAUGUGUUGGAUGUUAAUGACUAAAGCAUCAAUAUUAAAAACUACUGUACUGGAUUUUAUUUUCAUUUUGUACUUAAUAUUUUGUCUCAUUUUAGCAAAGCUCUUCAUAGUCAUUCUUGUGUAUUCCCAAUAGAUCUCUGAUAAAUGCCAAAAUUGCACUAUGGCACAUUUAAUCAUAGCUUUUUGAUUCCUAAAACCAACAAACAAACAAAGCUGUUUCCUCAGCAGUAAGGACAAUGCGUAUCUUGACACAAAAAAAGCCAAACAAUUGAAAUAUCAGUCAGUUGUGUAGAGUAGAAAAGUGUUUAAGUUUUUUUCUGGCUUCUGUCUCGGAAAGUAUUUUGCAGUUGUUUGGAGGUUGUCUGCUCGGAAGGUGGAAGUAGUUUAUCUGCAACUAGUUCAUUUUACGCACGUGAGUAGUGUGAUAACUCGUAAUCCUGACCUCCAUAGCUUGAAUACUAAGUGACCUUUGCUUGACAGAGAUAUUAUGGAUCACUGUAUAUUUUUUGAGUACUGUACGCUAGAUAGUCUUCACAGAGGAUUUACUUGAUGUAAUUUGGGCUGAAAGAAGCUUUCUUGUAGUUGAAGGUGGUUAGAGGCACACACUGAGUUAUUUAGCACUGCAGCCAUGAAUGUGUGGAUUGUAAGCAAUCAUUUCAGUUAAUAAUCAAGUCAACUACUGAGCUGUACGUCCCUUUUCAACUGUGUCCACACUGUGUUCACACUGUGUCCACACUGUGUCACACUGUGUUCACACUGUGUUCACACUGUGUUCACACUGUCCACACUGCAGGCAGCCUGGCCACUGCAUUUUUGACAACACAUUUAAACAAGUGCUGCAAUUAAUAUUUAUUUUGAUUUUAUUUGAUGCGUUUUGUUUAAACGUUAAUCUAUAAAAUGUCAAACAAUGGACACGAUGACGGUUUCAAAUGAUGAUUUUUAGUCUGUCCAACACCCAUAAUCGGGGUUUGGAUUCAAUUGGUAAAAAUAAAACAGGAAAAAUUCGCAGAUUCUUAUCUUUUAGAACUUGGACACAGCCAUUGUUCAUUCAUUCAAUGUUUGCCUAAUUGAUGUCUUACACAAGUACUAUAUUUUCAAAAUGGAGGUAUCUCUCAAUCCGCUCAUUGUUUAAUUGAAUACUUUCAGCACACUGAGUUGUUUGUCUCGUGUGAUCCCACAGUAAAGGGAAGAUUUAGUGUUGGGUACUCUGUGGUGGAACAAACACUUUUUCCUCCACGGUAACCAGAGAGGAGCUCAGAUGUAAACGUCAGAAGACAAAGUGGUGCUUGAGAUAGCGCUGAGAGGACGGCGCUUCAUUUAAAUCUGUUCCCGGAAUCCGCUGUCAUACGUGUGCGUGAUUUAGAGCUCGUGGUGCUCUGUCCCGGGUCAGACCCAGCGCUGCAGUCACUCUGAUGGGUGCUGAUGGGUAAACACUCGCCCCAUACAUGGGCCACAGCCAGCUCCUCUGGAGGGUUGUGUUUAUGUUAAGAGACGAUCCUGCGGGACAUGGCAUGCUCUGCUCCGCAUAAAUCAGCCGUCGGUGUAAACACGUCGCAGGAACGCUGUGACAACGUCUCUAUUACACUUGGCAGCAGAGAGGGGUGUUUGUGGUCGGGUCGGAGGUGUGUGUGUACGUCAGCAGCACUGCCACUGUUUCUAGGCACCGAGGGGCCAAAGGACUGGGGGUAUAUGUGUGAUAGUGAUAUAUACCAGGGCAUCAAGGUCUGGAGAGGAUUGAAAUGGUAUGUGUGUUGAUGCAGAGCGCUCCAGGAAAACUAAAUGUAUUAAUCUGUUAAUCAUUUAAUCUGUAAAAAGUGAUCUGUCAGCACUCAGGUUUUUGUCCAAACAACAGUCGAAAACCUCAAUCAUUUGUAUUUACAAUCAUUAAUCUAAACUGUGUUUGGCAUGUUUGGUGAGCGAAAUAAUUAAAAACAAGCUAUCUGUUAUUUUCUGUCGAUGAACGAAUUAACCAACCAUUUCAGUUCUAAAUUCUUUCCAUCUUCAAGGUAAUUUGUUUGUGUUACAAAGCCCAAACAUUUUACAAAAUUAUAGGAUAUUCAAUAUAGAAGCAGAAAAUGAAAAUGUGCUAAUUCUUACACGUAAGAUGGUUGCAUAUAUGAUCAAACAAUUGUAUAUUCUCGCAAAUAUUGUGCUACUAAAGAGCUAUAAAAUAACUUCACACACUGGUCCUUUUGACAUUAUAUUUCGGACAUGCUAGCGGGAUAUGAUAAUCUAAAAUAAAAUAACCUAAAAAUGCAUUCAUGAAAUUCUGGAAAAAACAAUACAUUUUGUAUAAAAAACAACAUAAAGGAACCUUUAUAUGAAAGCAGAAUGCUACAUGACAGUCAACAUUUAAAAAAGUUUGCCUAUAUUUACAAAACCUCUGCAGGCGUGCGUGGUGGUUUGUGAUUGUGUGUGGAGCGGAGCAGCGUUCAAAGCUCACCGCUGGCAGCAGUGUUGCACUACGUUUCAGAAAAGUCUUUCUAAAGGAGGAAGAGAGGAGGGUUGCCGUUGGCAGCAGAGGCAUUUUGACAGCCAUCUUGUUUUUCAUUGGAAACAAAGUCCAGUAUGCAGGAGUCUAGUUUUUUUCUCUUUUGGUGACUUUCAUUUGACAUUUUAGACUCAUUGGAAGAAGAAACAGCAGAUUUGAGCUCGCUGUCUCUGACUGUCCUCUGCUAAGUAUUUCCAAUGUGUAAAUGCACUAUUUGUUUUUGAUACCGCAGGUGUGUGUGAACUGUUUGGACUCAGGCUGUGUGAGCUGCUUUGUCGCCAUCUACGAUAUAAAAACCGUCCUUAAAGAUUCCUGUAGAGUUUGAGGAGUUGUAUGCUAGAAGAACAAAUACUUAAAGCAAUAAGUCAUGAUGCAUCAUGUACAUAACUUUGUAUUUUCCUUUUUGAGGCAGAGGUGUGUUUGAUUGUAAAAUAUGUAAUUUAGAGUCAGUUAGAAAAAAGGCUAACCAAAAAGUGAUGUGUGGUUUUUGAUAGUCUGCUUUUUUGGGAGGUGAUGCACUAGUUGGUGAUUAUUGUAUGGAACUAUAUAUUUUUAAGAAUCCACUUUUUCCAGGAAGCUACCUUUUUGUAGGAUCUUUAAAAAUAUAUGAGAUUUAUCUUUGGGUGGAAGUAGGGGGAAAAGGCAGCUGGAGACUGAAACCAGGAUCAGGAGAGUUUUAAAGUCAGGGAAACAUGAUGAGGAGGAGGAGGAGUCUAACUGGAGCAACUAUCAGGUUCAUAAUCAGGUGUAGAAAACUUUAAACAUUUUAAUUAAUAGCGCAUCCGCCAUCUUUUAUCACGAGUUCAGGUGUGUUCAGGCAGAAGGCUAAGCAUAUAUUCCUCACUUUUCUACCAGUUUCAAAUGUAGAAAAUACAUAUAUAUUCAAGAUUUGUUUGCAUGUGUGGAAAUGGAAAGACGCAUUUUUUUAACAUUUCUAUGCGCCGAAAAUAAAAUGCCUUCUGUCUGAACCGGUCUGAACACACUGUAAAUAAUUAAUUUGACAUGUUUAAAAUCCCCCGUGUUGGCUAGCCGCUUUUAGUUUACAUGAUAUUAAUCCCAAACAAUAAUCAAAUUAAUUCUAAAAAAGAAAUGUAGGAAUCCAGUGUUGAUCUUUUAAGUUUGAAUAGGCUAACAUCAGAGAAAGAAAUCAGGUAACAUCUCAACUCAGUUUGAAAGGUGCGGUGACAUCAUGCAGUAUAAAAGAUAAAGCCUGCUGGAGGUUUAGUUUUGAGAUAAUUGUUAUUUAUUUAUUUAUUUAAUCAAAUUUUGCAAUGUUUUUUUUUUUUUCUUCAUCCAAAUGUGGAGAUAUUCUUUAACAACAUGACCUGAUAUCAGAAUUUAGUUUGACUAUCUUGACCCUCAAAUGACUAUCUUGACUCUCAAAUGUAUGAAAAGCUUCAUUUAUUUUUAAACACAGAUCAAGUGUUAAUGUACAGCAACUUUUAAAAAUGAAUCAUACAUGUUGAAUAAAUUAUGGAUGAUCCUGGAUUCUCUUUUUUGUUUGAUUUUGUUUUCCCAUCACUCAUGCUUUGUCUCAUUUCCACUCAGCCAUUUUAGGUUGUGUCAUCUCUAAAGCUCUCCAUGCAGACAUUCUCUGUGUUUUGUUAUCCCAAACCUUCAAUCUUGACAUCACUGCCUCUCCCCACAAAGCCUCCGUACUCCACAGCUGGAGCUCAACCCAGCUAAAAUGUUAAAGUCUGAAUGUUAACAGAUUAAAGUAAAGUACACAGACGCAUCGAGGCCAUUAGAGAUCUUGUUUUUAAGUCCUUAUGGACACUGAACGUCCUGUGAAACGCCAUCAUUGGCCAGGCUGACUUCCUGCAGGUUUCUGUUGAAUAUUUAAUCAUUUUCUUUGCAUUAAUGGCAAAAAGAAAAAUAAUUUUAUUUUGGCGGUGUGUCCCUGCUUAUGUGAUGCUCUGGAACAGAUCCAAACAAAGCCUGAAAAAACAGAUACACAACAUUUAAUGAGUACAGUUUAACAUGUGAAUACAGGAAGAGUGAGUCUCAUUCCUGAUUGGGUAGCAGCAGAAGAGGCAGAGAGCGUGUUAACCAAUGGUAACUAAUUGCAUAAGCGUUACAGCCUUGAGUAUUCCUUGUGUCUUCUUAACAGAGGUUGAGAAGUAAUGCACUUAUUUUUCACUGUAUAAAGCUAAUGGUAUCUGAAAGUGGAUCCCAGGAAUGUAUAAGGUUUGCACAGGUAUGUUCUGUAAAUAGUAAGUAGAGGUAUAAUUGUAUAUAAGAUUAAAUAGGGGUUGUUUAAGGGUAGAAUUCUGCAAAAUGAAACCUAUGGGUGUCAUUUUUAUUUGGUUUGGAAAAUGUUGGAUUUAUUCAGAUGUUAGGAACACUGCGGUUCAUACUCAUUAUUUCCCCGAGGCCUAAAACAAUUAAUCACAUUUAAAGUCGCAGGGGUCUAAAAAACAUUUCUGGUGUUCGCUGUCAGUCCUUCCUAAAAAAACAUGAAUAUUAUGAAUGAAGCUUUUUCGUCGGCUUUUCAUGCCCAUAUAUACGUUUGACACGUUUACCCUCCUUUACUCCAGUUUGUUUUGUCUUUUGUUUCAAUUUCAUCCAUUUUCCAUCGGGUUUACCCUCAUAUUCAUAUAUCAUGAAAAUAUGUCAAUAUCUAAUGGAGAUGUUAAACAUUUUGCACAAGUUAAAUGAACCUUUUCUAAAGAUUCAAAUAAUAAUAAUAAUGGCCCUUUUGACUCCUAAAACGGAUUUUAAGAAAAUGUUCAAAUGUAAUUCCUAGAAGUUUGAUAAAUAUGGGCUCGGGAUGAGAUGUUUACACGAGCGAAACGUAACGGGAGAUUCAGUGUAGAAAAUACUAACUAAGUGAUCCUCAAAAUAUAUUUAAGUUAUUUUUAAAUAAGGGUGGAGAAGGGGAGUUUAGUCCUGGGACUCAGCUCCCUUAAGUGGACACUUGAAGCAGCAGAUUGAGGUCCUCACUGCUGUAUAAACAAAAUGUGGACCUUCUUUUAAAGUAGAAUUUUACUGUAAAUAAGUUAAGGAGCUUGCUAGAUGUCUCACUGUGCAGCACUUAGUCCCAUCGCAGACUGCAUGCUCAAGUAGAAAAAACAUUAAACUCUUCUAUCGGUGUGAAACCUGAGUCUGUAUACAUGUAUUUGUAUAUUUCACAUUUUGGGGUGUUUUCCUGAUGUUGGAUCUCAGCUGAGAAACAACACAGACUUUUCUCACAGCGUCAGUGUUCAUAGUGGCUGUAAAGUUUUCUCAAAUAUGUAAACUGACUGGGUGUGCUUCACUCAGAUACUUAAGAAAAUAACUAUAGGAAUCCUAAAAGCCAAGAAGAAGAUUGAGAGGAAGGGGUGACUUGUUUUGACUCAAAAGUCCUCUCCUCACAGGUGCUUCAUGCUUUGGACUGUAACUUAUUUCUUCUGGAAGUCACAUAUUUUUUUGUUUUUUUUAACAUCAAUGCCUGAGGAUCAUUUUAUUGACCACAUCCAAGUCCCCGUGGUUGAUUAUGUUCUGUUAUGGUUUCUUAAAACCAGUUGUCAUGUUGGUUAUUUUAUUCUUUUAACCACAUUAACUGUUAACAUCUUGUUUGAAAAAAGAUUGCGGUGUCGAGAAAUGUUUGGUUGAUUAAUCGUUUCUUCCAGAGCAUCAUUUUUUUUUUUUCUUAGGGGCAAAACGUCAUUUUAGAAGUGAACAUUUCAUAACAAAACAAUGAGUUAUUUAUUAUGAAACAUGAUUUCCCACCCAAUUUUGCCCCAACAAUCAACUGUACUUAACUUUCUUGGAAACAAAACUUUUAAACAAACUAUUUUAAAGUUGUUAUCUUCAAACAGCUUAAAAAAAGAAGGCAAUGCAACUUUAUUUGUAAAGCAGCUUUCCUACAUUGAUCAAUUCAAACUGAAAAACACACAAGCCUAACUCAACCACAUUGGUGCUCACAGAUAAUGUAAUGCCUUCCAAGUCGUGCUGGUUGGAAAGCCCCCCCCCCUCCCCCUCCCCCCCCUUAAUUACAUCUUAAGGGCUUUAAAAAAUGCAAUAAUGAUAUUUAUUAAUAAGGUGUAACGAAUGUACAUUUUCAAUGUAUCACUUGGUGUUAUGACCAUACUCUAUUUACAUGUUCGAGUUGCUUCAUCAACCUCUAGUUUUUGCUUCAGGCUUCUUCGGUUUAUUUGUGUUGGUAUUUCAACACCAUGUUAAAGAUUUUGGAAUUUUCCAUCUGUCACGACAUCUGAAUGUCCUGUCUGACUACAAAGAGCUGGGGAGAGUAAAACAGUUUGGAAAUCAUACAAAACAGGAAACAAAAGCCGUUGAAUAACACAGAAAAGAACAUAGUGUCGAUCAUCAAUGUAAAUCUUCACACAGAUGCAGAAGUUUAUAAAAGUGAAAAGUGUUUAUAGUGAAACCACACUGUUGUCUGCUUCAGUAUAAAACUCACAGUGCUGUCUAAAGGAACAUCUGGAUGGUUCGCCAGCUGCUGUGAUCACGCUGUUAUUCACAUCGCUUGAAACAAACUGCAAUACAUCUCUAUACAGCUGCUGUCUGUGCUUCUGCCUUCAGUAGUACUGGUCUAUUCUAUCUGUUAAUGAAUAUAACCCUUUUGAAAUAAACACAUACUGAUACUU